AUGAGUCAGACUGCCCUCAUUGCAACAGGUACGGGACUUGGUGGGCUCGUCUUUAUCCUUUUUGUUGUCGUUGUUGUUGUAUGUAGGCGGCAAAGGAAACAUAAAGAAAAGGAAGCGGCACAAAUUCAACUGAAAGAACGUGAAAACAAGAGACGAACGGGCUUUGAUGGCUCUUUCCUCGAGCGGAAUUACAUUGGCAGACAUUCCGGUUCUGAACAUAGAAAUGGCGGACCUUACCCUAGCGGCCCAUUUAAGCCUAUUUCAAAUGGCCGAGGUAGUCUAUUUCAGCCAAUAGAUAUUACAACUGCAUUCCCUAAUGGUGGAUAUGUAGGCAGUGACCGUAGAUUGUCUGAACCAUUGUAUUCAAAGACAAACAAACCAUUGGUUGACGUUUACCUACCAUCUGAUAAUUCACAUAGAAAACCUUUCACCCAAGACAUGGUUCGGGUGAUUCCGGAAACUUACAGUCUCCGUUUACCGAGGCUACGAUGUACUUCAACAGGUGUCGACAUCGGUCGAGUGUUUCCAGUCCGCGAACCCAAACCAGAUUACGAUGCGCCAGCCUCACCGCCGCCGGAUUAUCAUCGUCGCAGUAGAUCACAUGAUAGGCUAAAUAUGUCACCUGGCAGCGGUUUGAACGGUUUCAACAGCAGCGGAAGUAUGGAGCGUAUGCGGUCACGUGACAGUCAUGGAUACGGAAGCCUGGAGAGAGAUCGCGUACCCAGGCGGAGCACCAAGUUUUAAUGACACUAUAUAUUGACAUAUUGAAUAGAAAUAAAAAUAAUACAUAAUAUGAACGUAUUUAACAGCUUAAGGCAGCAUGAACAGUAGCAUUUCUUUUGAAAAUGAAAAAGAUAAUUUUAUGCAAGUAUUUGAGUAGUUCUCGGACAACUUUUUUCGGACAGCCGCGAUGUUUGCCUCCUUUUUAAAUAUAUUUUUUAUCACAUUCAUAUUACAAUCACGUAGAUAUUAAGUCGAUGAUAAGGCAUUAUAUUUUAUCAUUUAUAAUA